UAUAGGAAGAAAUACAUGACGAGGGUUUCAGUAGUUUGUUGGGUUCAACAUUAGUGCUUAACAUACAGACACCUGAUUAAAAAAACUUCAGGAAAAUCAUUAUAAAGUUUGUCACCAUGGAAACAAGUGAGUAUGUAUAUGAUGAGGAUUAUUCGAAUGACAGUGAAAUCUGUAGGAAGGAGAGCGUGGUUCAGUUUGAAUCGUCAGUCACUCCAGUUGUUUUCAUCAUUGUGGUUCUGUUCAGCUGUGUGGGGAACACGUUGGUCUUGUGGGUCCUUGUGAAAUAUGAAAAUCUAAAAUCUCUGACCAACACGUUCCUGUUCAAUCUGGCUCUCUCCGAUCUGAUUUUCACAUUCGGUCUGCCCUUUUGGGCCUACUAUUACAUGUACGGAUGGACUUUUGGAGAUGAGGCUUGUAAAGCGGUAAACUUUGUGUUCUACACUGGAUAUUACAGCAGCCUCAUUUUCCUCACAGUUCUGACCGUUCAUCGUUACAUAGCCGUGGUGCAUCCCAUGUCAGUGGUCUUAUCGCGGAGAAGUCUGCACUGCUACAUAACAUCUGCUAUCAUCUGGGUCAUGAGUAUGGGUGCUGCCGUUCCCCAAGCCAUGUUUAACUCAGUUGUGAACUACACAGAACAAGCGAUAGAAUCUACUGACAAAAUGAAUCUAAAAGUAAUCCAGCUCUGUGAUUUUGAAGGUCAGAUUAACUGGAAACUUGCCGGUACAUACUUGCAAAAUUUCUUUUUCAUUUGUGCUUUCGUGGUCAUUAGUUUUUGUUACACUGAAAUCUUGGCACGACUGCUUCGACCAACAUCUCACACUCGGGCCAAGACCGUGUGGUUAAUCCUCUGCAUAGUGGUGUUUUUUUUCCUGGGAUGGGGACCGUACAAUGUGGCCAUAUUUCUGGACUCUCUGAUUUCUUGGAGAAUCUCUCCAUUCAAUGAAUGUCACGUCAGCAUCACUAUCGACUAUUUGAUGUACGUAUCUCGGAUGGUGGCUUUCUCUCAUUGCUGCCUGAAUCCCUUGUUUUACGUCUUUGUGGGAAUCAAAUUCAGAAACCACUUGAAGAAAAUGAUAUGGACUGUUUGUAAGAAGGGCAGAGAGCCUCAGAAUCGACAGAGCAGGAUUAUUUACUCGAAUGGUGAAGAAAUAUCCAUGCAUUAAAUGCGAAGUGCGAACUGGCCUUUUAAAAUGAUGUGAUUGAUAUUGGUGGAUGUAAAACUGCUUCUACUACAAAUGAAAUGAAUUAAUGUCAAGUGUCUGUAAUUGAAAUGUUAAGAAAUGCUCCAAAUUAUAAUAAUAUAAUUUUUUUAACUUUUUGCUGUGCAACAAAGAGAUGCUUGUACUUAGCCAUUCUAUAUAUUUUCUGUGUUAACUAUGCACUAUUUGCCAUAAAUUCUUAAAAUGCUACGAUUGCAGUCAGCGAUGAUUUGUUUAUUUAAUGAAUAAAAGUGAUUGAUAAGUGUCAGGUUUUAAAUCUAUGGUUAUGUGAUCUUAAUAUUUCAGGUUCCAUAAGGGAGCCACAUGAUGUUUUCUCUCCACAUAAAACAGAUUUUACUUCGGUAUUUCAUCGUGAGGGUAUUUUAAACAGGUUGUUACAAACAAUUGCAUUUGCAUUUCACAAAAGUUUUGUUUUAUUUUUAUUAUUUUCUCAAACUUGUACAUUCCUGCUGUUAGGAGGAUUGCUCUGGGGACCCUUUGAUAAUAUGUGUAUCAAAUGUUAGCUCUGGUCUUUCCAUAGUGAGGUUACUGGGAACUUUUUUGCCAUCAUCUUUAUUUGCCAGCUUUGAUUAACCAUGAACAUAUAUAAUUGCCUUAUAUUUCUGAUAGUUUCUCAUUUCAUGUUUAAAUUUGAAGCAUUUGUCAACUUGGUAAUAUUUAUAAAUUAAAAUGAUUACAAUCUGACAGUACAGAUUUCUUUUACAGGAAGUAAUGUACAUCCAAUUAAAAAACAUAUAUUUGUAUUAGGAAUACAAAUAGAACAUUUCAGUUCAAACAUAGACACCCCCAGUUUCAUCAAAGUACAUUAUAACGGAAAAUAAUUUAUAUUCAUAAUAUAAUUUAUUCAUAUACUACGUUUUUCUACUGCAUCUUUCUACAGUAUAUUCUUUGCAUCAGUGCAAAAUUGUGAAAAGCACUAUAUAAUUUAAUUGCAUUUAAAUUUGCAUUAUAAGUCACUUAUGUCAUGACAAUAAAAUCAUUUUGACAAGUA